AUGACAGAAUACGACUUCUCCCCAGAAGCACAGGAAAGAUACAAGGCGAAGCUGCAAAGCAUUGGAAAAUGGGUUCACAACACAGAGAAAUAUGAGCUCGCGAAUCCUUUCGUCAGUUCGCCUGCACCGCGCUCUGCAAGGCUACCAGGCUCGGAUACGUCUUUUACUCGACACAGUCCUCACAGAUCUUACACAGCUCCUCCUAGAGGUUCCUCCAGCUCUUCUGCUCACCAUUCGUCGUCGUCGCAGGUUCAAUACCAGCAGACGUCUCAAAUCUAUGCUCAGCCUCAACAAUACACCAAAUAUCCCCAGACAGUGUAUCCGUACCCAGUCUCCACUCCAGUACCUGCUAGGCAGUAUGCACCCCCACAGCGGUCUCAUACGUUUGCCGUACCUCCCCCACCGCCACCGCCUCCACUUCCGCCACAACGCCCUUUUCAACCUCCAAGGCGUUCUAACACUAUUGGAGGAUAUGGAUAUUCACCGCAAAUGAUUUACGAUCCCAGAGUGGGAGCUUCUCGUGCCAUGUAUCCGGUAUACCAGUCUCAACCGCCAACACCUUCAAAACGCUGGUUUGGUAAACUCUUCAGCGGUUUUCGCAGCUCCAGUCCUUCCCCUGGUCAAAGUCCCCUCAGUCCUACCGGUAGCAGACGGAGCCAGAGCAAGAGCUCGUAUCACGCCGGCUACUAUGAACACGACCGUGACAGGGAUCGUGAACGAAGUAGCAGACACUAUAGCGAGCGACGCUCAAAGUCUCACUCGCGAUCUACCACGAAGCAUCAUAAAUCCCGGAGCAGCAGUCUGUAA